CUCCGCUCGCGCUUUUCGGAAAGUCUCUUCAACCAAGCACACGCGCGACACGUAUUUAUUAUCAGUGGAAAUGUCUGAUCCAACAAGUGGGAAUAAGUAUUGUUUCGCCAUUGAUCGCGGAGGCACCUUCACCGAUGUUCUAUGCAUCUGUCCGGGCGGCAAGGUGCGCACCAUGAAGCUGUUGUCGGAGGACCCAGAGCGGUACAGUGAUGCUCCCAGGGAGGGGAUUCGCCGCAUACUGAAGGAGGAGACGGGGCAGGAGCUGGCUGCCUCUGGGCUGGUGGACACCUCCAAGAUCGGGUGGGUGCGCAUGGGCACCACGGUGGCCACGAAUGCCCUGCUAGAGCGCAAGGGAGAUCCCGUGGUGCUAGUGGUCAACAGCGGCUUCAGGGAUCUGCUCUACAUCGGCAACCAGGCGAGACCGAAAAUCUUCGACCUGAACAUCCGCAAGCCCGCGAAUCUCUACCAGUCCGUGGUUGAAGUCGAUUGCCGCAUUGUUCCCGAGCAGGCGGAUCGCUGUGAGCUGAAUCACAGCUGGAAGGUGCUCGAGGGUGUGGCCAGCACAAGGUACUUGGAGGUGCAACCCGUGGAUGUGGAGGCGGUGCGUUCUUCCCUGACAGCUGCCCGCGAACAGGGCGUGUCCUCUGUGGCCGUUGUGUUGGCCCACAGCUACGCUUGUCCGGAGCACGAGCUCCAGAUCGGAGCCAUCGCCCGCCAGCUGGGCUUCAGUCAUGUGACGCUCUCCCACCAGGCCAUGCCCAUGUGUCGGGUGGUGGCCCGAGGCUACACCGCCUGUGCGGAGGCCUAUUUGACGCCCCAUGUGGACCGCUACCUGGCGAGCUUCAAAUCUGGCUUCGACAACCAACUGGAUGGCGUGGAUGUGCUCUUCAUGCAGUCGGAUGGCGGGCUGACAAACAUGGAGAACUUCCGCGGAGCACGCGCCAUCCUCUCUGGCCCGGCUGGCGGUGUGGUGGGCUACGCCCUGACCGGAUCGCGGGAAACGAAGCUGCCGCUGAUCGGCUUUGACAUGGGCGGAACCUCAACGGAUGUGUCCAGGUAUGCGGGCAGCUACGAGCACGUGAUCGAGAGCACCACUGCGGGCGUGACCAUUCAGGCGCCACAGCUGGACAUCAACACUGUGGCAGCGGGAGGAGGUUCGCGGCUGUUUUUCCGCUCCGGAAUCUUUGUCGUGGGCCCAGAGUCUGCGGGGUCGCAUCCUGGACCCGCCUGCUACAAGAAGGGCGGUCCCCUCACCGUCACGGAUGCCAAUCUGAUUCUGGGACGCAUCCUGCCUCAAUACUUUCCCAAGAUCUUUGGGCCGACAGAGAACGAGCCGCUGGACUAUGAGAUCUCGAAGAGCAAGUUCAUACAGCUGCAGUCGGAGAUCAACAGCCACUUGAAGGCCACUGGAGAUGACAGGCACCUGAGCGUUGAGCAAGUGGCUCUGGGAUUCAUUCGGGUGGCCAACGAGACCAUGUGCAGGCCUAUUCGUGCCCUGACGCAGUCGCGUGGCUUGGACACGGCCAACCAUGUGCUGUCAUGCUUCGGUGGAGCCGGAGGACAGCACGCCUGCGCCAUUGCCAGCAAUCUGGGCAUUGCCAAGGUUGUUGUCCACAAGUACGCUGGAAUACUCUCGGCCUACGGCAUGGCCCUGGCCGACGUUGUCCAGGAGUUGCAGGAGCCGAGUGGUUUGGAGUUCAGCGAUGGGAAUGGCCAGCAGCUGAAGGAGCGCCUGGAUGCCUUGUCCCAGCAAUGUCGAGCCAAGCUGGCGGACCAAGGAUUCCGGAGAAUCGAGCUGGAGCCCUUCCUCCAUUUGCGAUACGAGGGCACCGAUGGAGCCUUGAUGUGUGCUCCGACAGGUGCAAAGGAUCCGACGGCUCAGUCGCCUCUUUUGUCGGCCUAUGGGGACUUCCAUGCCACAUUCCUGGAGCGCUAUCGCACGGAGUUUGGCUUCGUGCUGCAGAACAGACGCAUCAUCGUGGAUGACAUCCGUAUUCGUGGAAUGGGGAAGAACGAGACUCCUCCCGAGUCCGAGAUCAAGCGUAGCUCAGAGAGCACGCCACCUGCUGAGGGUACUUCGCGUAUUCACUUCGAUCAGGGCAGCUUUGAUGCGCCAAUCUACCUGACCAAAAACCUUUUGGCUGGCCACCAGAUCGCCGGACCUGCAGUGCUCAUCGAUCAGCUGUCCACUAUUAUCGUGGAGCCAGAGUGCGGUGUCCAGGUGACAGCCUUCGGAGACCUCAUAAUGGAUGUGAAGACGGGGGGCAAGCACGGCAUCAACGCAGAGCUAGAUCCGGUCCACCUGAGCAUCUUCAGCCACCGCUUCAUGAGCAUUGCCGAGCAGAUGGGACGUGUGCUGCAGCGCACCUCCAUCUCGACAAACAUCAAGGAGCGACUGGACUUCUCCUGUGCGCUCUUCGGCCCGGACGGAGGACUGGUCAGCAACGCACCCCAUAUUCCGGUUCACCUGGGCGCCAUGCAGGAGACGGUGCAGUACCAGCUGCGGGUGCGCGGCGAGACCCUGAAGAAUGGCGAUGUCAUCCUGGCAAACCAUCCGUCGGCCGGUGGGUCGCAUCUGCCCGACUUGACGGUCAUCACCCCAGUGUUCUACGAGGGUGUGUCACGACCAGUUUUCUUUGUUGCUUCGCGUGGACAUCAUGCGGAUAUUGGUGGCAUUACGCCCGGAUCCAUGCCGCCGCACUCCACAUCGCUGGCCCAAGAGGGUGCCGCUUUCAAGUCAUUCCUGAUCGUGGAGAGUGGACUGUUCCAGGAGCAGCAGAUCAUCAAGCGCCUGACCACGCCCACAACAGCCAAGGGUGCCGUGGGCACCCGAAAUCUAAGUGACAAUCUGUCCGAUCUGAAGGCCCAAAUCGCAGCAAACCACAAGGGCAUCCAGCUGGUGUCGGAGCUCAUCGACAGCUAUGGCCUGGAUGUGGUCCAAGCCUACAUGUCGCACAUCCAGAAGAACGCCGAGCUAGCAGUCCGCGACAUGCUACGUCAGAUUGGGCAGGAUUCGCUGGCUCGCACUGGAUCCACGGUGCUGCAAGCCCAGGAGUUCAUGGACGAUGGCUCGCCCAUUGCUCUGAAGGUCACCAUUGAUGCGGUGCAGGGCUCGGCACUCUGCGACUUCACCGGCUCCGGAGUGGAGGUCUGGGGCAACUGCAAUGCUCCACGGGCGAUCACGCUCUCGGCUCUGAUAUACUGUCUACGCUGCAUGGUGGGCCACGAUGUGCCCCUGAAUCAGGGCUGCCUGGCGCCCAUUCAGGUUAUUAUCCCCAAGAACUCCAUACUGGAUCCUUCGGAAGGGGCCGCCGUUGUUGGUGGCAAUGUCCAGACCUCGCAGCGCAUUGUGGACACCGUGCUGAAAGCUUUCCGCGUCUGUGGCGCCUCCCAGGGCUGCAUGAACAACAUCACCAUCGGAGACGAGACUUGGGGCUACUAUGAGACCGUAGCUGGCGGUUCAGGUGCCGGUCCCGGCUGGCAUGGUGCCGGCGGAGUACAUACGCACAUGACGAACACGCGGAUCACCGACCCAGAGAUUUUGGAGCUACGCUACCCGAUGAUCCUGAAGCGCUUCUGCCUGCGCACCGACGGCUCUGGUGGACGCGGCCAAUUUAAUGGCGGAGAGGGCGUGGAGCGUGACUUGCUCUUACGUAAGCCCGUUACAUUGUCCGUCCUGACAGAGCGCCGCACCCUUCAGCCUUAUGGGCUGGCUGGCGGUGAGCCCGCAAAGAGCGGAAGGAAUUUAAUCAUCAAGCGCGACGGCAGAGUGAUCGCCCUGGCUGGAAAGACGUGCAUCGAUGUGGAUGCUGGGGAUACAUUUGCAAUGAAGACUCCUGGCGGUGGUGGUUAUGGACACAGAAGCGAUUCGUCGAAAACCGAAGAAGCCUCGGACCAGGAGAACGACAAACGAUUUGUGGAACGGGGCACUGUUUUCAACUACCUUCAGGCUCAAGAGUCUGCAUAAGUUACGGCUAGUGACACGUUAUUGUUUUUUCUAUUUGUUAUUUCAUAAAAUA